AUGAUAUCUUACAUGAAUUAAGGAAAGUUAUCAAAGCGCAACUUACAUUUUGGAAGGCUCGAUCAAGGCGGGAAAUACGGACAGUAUGUCUGAAGGCGUGAAGCGACGAGCUAAGAAGACAGCAGCUAAUCAAGAAAGUAGAGAAAAAGAAGCAAAGGUUGGCUUUGACGAGAAAGAGCGGCAAAGGAGUCUGUCAUCUUCGCUGGUGUUUGGAAUCAUUUCAUUGAUUUGGUCAUUGUUCAAGACUGCAUUGGGUACAAUUCUGCUGCUUUAUGUUGUAUUAGUGAUAAUAAUGUACACCUCACCAGCAGCAAGAGAACUAGUGAUAUAUUUACAUCCAUUGAAGAAUCCAUUUGAAGAUUUGUCCAAUCCUGGUUCCUUUGGUUUGCCAGAAGAUACUGUCAAUUUUUAUAUUUCUGGUCAGGCUGGGAAACUGGGAGCGUGGUAGGUCUUUUGGUCUGUUUUACGUUAGGGUAAGGUUAUAAUAAAAAGGGUUGUUAUCUCAAGCAGGGCUAGUUUUAAGGAAAGCGAGAAAUAGUUGUAGGCAGUUUUAGUUUUGCGACAAUCAUUGAUAAAGUAACAGUUGGCCAAGUCAAAUCCAAAACUGAGUCUGAGUCAAAUGUCAGAGUCAUGUUAUACGCAUUUUUUUUUCUUUCUUUUUUUUUUUUUUUACAAAAAAUGAUUUGAAGUAGGUGGCUACCCUGGGGCAGCACCCAUCAGAGAGUAAGAAGAGAGGCAGGUCUUAGCCAGCAUUAACAUCAA